AUGUCGUGCACCCUAGAGCUGCUCCCUAAUGAGCUUCUGGAUCAAAUCAUCUUUUAUUUAAACACAGAGCCGCCAUCGCUCGGACGGCUCCAUCAAGCGCCAGACCGGCAGAUCACCCAGUCCGAAAGGAAACCACUUAAGCAUCUGGCACAAUGCUCGUCCCACUUGCUGGCUCUUGUGCGACCUCGGCUUUUCGCCCACGCACGUCUAGACCUAAAGGAUGAGUCGGCAUUUCGAGCUUUCAUGUUCGCAUCGGAUCUGGGUCGUUACGUGAGUUCUCUCGUGGCCGUCACAGAGAAUACUUCCCUUGCCCCAGCCGACGAACACUGGUGGCGCCGGGUCCUUCGUUAUGUAGACCCGACUCGUAUCACCGUGCUAGCACCGCCGACCUUCAUUGGGAACAUACUGAAUACCCGCAUUAUGGACGGUCACAGCUGGGCAUUUGAUAUCCAUCUGCAGAUUUUACAGCUAGAACGUGAUGGCUCAUCCGUUAUCCCUUUCUCAGACCUGGAUAAAUGCGAUAGCCUACUUCUGGCCCGCCCGUGGACAUCCAUGACCUUUAACGAAUCUUCUUCUCUGAAAGCAUAUAACCACUACGAAUAUUUUCUCUCGCGCGUUCCCUCGGUAAUCGGGGAAUGGGGCUCCCAGCUUAACCCACAGGAAUUCCCACCAGCGCACUUAUCGGCCAUGUUAGGUCAACUUACUUCUUUCUCCUACACCGCUAUCUUUCCUUUCUACAAUCAUGUGAAGUUAGUCCUUGAUUCCCUUGCGGUAAUUCCGAAUUUGCAAGCCUUGAGCGUGCAAUUAGCGCCCGAGGAACACAAUCAUGUUCUAGAGAUGGAACAGCGUGGGUCUUUGGAUCCUAACGACCCGUGGACAGAGCUUUCAACUUCAUAUUCUUUGAUUGGAUUCGAGGUUCGCAAUAAAGAGUCUUUGGUAGAGUUUCGAAGUCGAGACUUUGCUUUCGAGGCUAUUCGAGAAGAAUUAGCCGUUGUGCUCGAUGCGGAUCUGGGAGAUACUAAUUGGGCUCCUGAGGGCAAUGGAGUUUGGAGGCGACGCAAGACAUGA